CCGACUCCCUCUACCAGUUGUUAGGGAGCUUGUUAGGCGGGCAGUUAGGCUAUCCAGUCACAACGUUAGUGUGUUUCAUUCUUACCGCUCAGUUGUUUUUUACUAUCUGAUCUAGUGUUUCAUGUUCAAGUAUCGUGUUAUAAAAACAUCACAUACAUAUUAUUUUUUCAUGUAGACGUUCAUAUUGAAAUUUUGACAUUAAGUGAAAAGCUUAAACAGCAUCGAAGGAAUUUUUAGACGAAAAGCGUCAAAGGCGAAUGUGUUCUGCGAUUCUAUGCGAGACGAGGUGGAGCCAAGAUCCAGAGGGAUCACCGAUGUCUUCCUGCGACUCAGUGGCAUUACAGCCAAUUCAGAAUACGACAGAAGGACGAGAUGUGACGAUUAAUAAUUUAGAAAAUGGAGUGGACAGUGUCCUUGAUGAUAAUAUUAAAAAGCCGGAGAAUUUGCCAAUACCACCUCAAUACGUCACUCGGCAGGACUCUGGCGUACCUGAAGAUCUUUCAUCACCAUGCGUAAAUGCGCCAAUUCAAAGUGACGAAGAUAAUCCUGAUGAUACUAUCAACAGCGAUUGCAAUGUCACGGUUAUUCAUAUCUCAGAAACUUUAGCUGAAAGUAAAGAUAACAAAGAUGGUAGUGACAGUGGCGUUGAAGGCUGUACUGCAGAAACUGUUCAGACGAAUGGCUACGCAGGUAGUUGCAAUGGAUUAGAUGAAGUGAGCUGUGACUCAAGCUUAGUAAGCUGUUGUUCUGUAUAUGAAGACACAUGUACAACACUUCCUGACGAUUUGGGACUUAAUUUGGGCGGAGGAAGUGGCAAUGAAGGUAAUGGAUCAUCACGAAAUCUUCCACAAGGCAAUGGCGAAGCUACAAGUGAAGGAGGAAGUGAAAGUUCUUCUAUAGCAGGAAGUACUAGUGCAAAAAUGAUUUGGACAACUCCAAAAAGAGCACAAACAAGUGCAGGAGCUUUUUCAUCAAGUAAAAAGAAAGUUAUUAAAGUAGAAACACCGAAAACAUCUAGAGGAAGACCAUCUUUACCUGCAGAUGCAUCUCAUCGACUUCCAUCAAAUACCAGGUCGAAGUCUCGCACUCCAGCAACUAGAACACCUUCUUCUAAACCUCAAACGUCUGUUAAAGAUAAGACUAAGCCAAGAGAAAAGUCUGUUACUCGAGCAAAUAGCGUUGAAAAUUCCAGAGAGUCCAAUACAAAACUCUGGAAUACUCAAGGAACUGUUAAAAGUCGCACGAGAAGUCGACCAAUUCCAGAUUCGUUGACAUUAUCAGGAACAUCAGCAUUGGCUAAAGAAAUUGACAAAGAUUUAGCACAAAGGGGUCGAGGAACUAUUUCCAGUUUAUCCCGAUGUCCUUCAUCAGCAUCUCAAAAACGUACCACACCAAGCUCAACUCCUUCUGAAGAAUGUCGAAAAUCAUUAUCUACUCCAAAAAUAAAUAAGACAUUGACUCGCUCAAUACAGGAUACUAAAAAGUCCAAUGAAAUUAAAAACAUGGAAAAUAAAACAUUAGAUACUUAUGCAACAAUGCCAAGAAGAAAUAAAGGUAGAAUGAGUAUUGCUAAGCCGGAAGAAUUAAGAAAAACAUUGUCGAGAGAUGAAAGUAUUACAAGAACUGAUAAGUCAAAAAAACGAGUUAACUCACGAGAAUCUACACUAGUUCAUCAAAAAAGUCUGUCACAUUGUGGUGCCAAAACAAAGUAUCCUGAGAGAACUCUUAUAUAUCAUGAAACAAGCGUUCAGACUGGUUUAACUGGGCAGGAUAUUGAACAUGUUUUAGCAGGUUUACCGACUAAAAUUUAUGGACCAGACGUUCCUGAUAGAAUUGAAAACUAUUGUCAAACAGAAGCUAUUUAUGUUUCUGAAGAAACGUUAAAGAGUGUUCAAGAUAAAGUAAAAAAGUUCGAAGCAGAAAUAGCAAGUUUACAGCAAGAAAAAGAAAAAUUAGAAACUAAAUUAAUAACAACUGAACAACUUUUGACUGAAGAGCGUGCAGAUCAUAUGUUUGCCAAACAAGAAUUGCGAAAUAACGCUGAGAGAAUUCUUGCUAUUCUCGGUACUCCAGCUUCAGAACAUUCUGAAGGCAGUGAUAGUCUUUUAGAGCUUGAAUCACACUUCCAAGAAUCUGGUCAAGUUGUUGCUAAUCAGCAGGUAGAAAUUGCAGAUCUUCAAUCACUCUGUAGAAUUCUUAAUCGUGAUUUGGAGAAAAGUUUAGCUGCACAAAAAGCACUUUUACAGCAUCAACAAGAAGUUGAAGCAGAAACAAUGGAACUUCAAGAAUUUUUACAAUUAGAAAAAACAGCCAUGGCUGAAGCUAUGAAAGAAGUUGAAGCAGAUUUGAAAGAGAAAGAGGAAAAAUUGGCCCAUAUAACUGAAGAAUUGGAAACAAAAACAGAAGAAUGUAAACAUUUAGUUCGAAUCAGUGAACAGAGGCGCCAAGAAAAUUUAUCUUUAGAAAUGAAAUUAAAUACUAUCGAACGUAAAAGCAGAGAACUACUAUUAACACAAGGAGCUGCUGUUUCUGGAGCUGCCGUUGCACUUUCAGGGCUUGGAUCUCGAUUAGAAGCACUUGUGGAGCAACUUGUUAAAUCUUAUAAUAUUUCUGAAAAAGAUCUAGAAGAUGUUGUGUACCAUAAUGAAGCUUACAGUAGAAGUAAUAGUAGUGGUGAAUCUAGUCCAAUAAGUUCCAAGCAGCAUAGUUUUAAAGAUUUCUCACCAAGUCCUAAACAAAAUUCUUUUGUCUCUGCUGUUAUUGGUGCUAUUAGAAAUGCUGCAACACAUCCAUUCGUUCUUCGACCCACAACAAAAAAAUCUACAGAAGCAUCUAAGCAACAAUUAUUUAAAGAAUUAAGUAUGGAGUCAUCAGCAGAUCUUCUUGAUUUUGAAACAGAGCCUUGUCUUAUGAUGGAAAGUGUUCUAGAAGAUGUGCCCCUGCCUGACACUUACUCAAGAAACAUGGUGUCAAGUAGUGAUUCUCUUAGACGAGCUUUAAGUGUGCCAGAGCCUAUAACUGACGAUCCUUCUACUUUAUGUAGAAAUGAUGAAUGUUCUAGUCUUACAAAUUUAACUCAAGCCAUUUUGAACCGACGAAGAGUUGAAGAAAACGAAGAUUUAGAAGAUGAUGACGAAUGUGAGUCCAUUAGUGAAUCUGAAACUACUGGACACACUGAUGUAACGGUUCCAACUGCUGAUUAUUGUACAGCUGUCAAUCUUGUUGAUCAAGUUAUUGAUGUUGAUAAUUUUGUGACUAAACUUCUUAAAGUAUUGAGAAUCAUUCAGUUGGAUAAUGACACUUGUAUUCGAGAACUACGGGAUGAAAAAUGUGAGUUAGAGGGAAAACUAGCAGUUGAAGUCAAAGAAUUGAUUGAAUUUAAAAAAAAUACACACAAUGAUUUGAAUUCACAGUGUCAUAAUGAUAAAAGUAAUUCCAAUAAUUGCAGGCCAAUAAAAGAGAAUGAAAUUAUUUCUUCCUAAACAACGAGGAAUGUUCAAUUAAUCCGCAAUCAAAAUGGUUCAGCAGUUCCCGUCCUCUGAAGCAUUUGUUUACAUAGAAUUCUAGUCUAUUAUUAUAUUUCCUUGGACAAUCGACGCUAAGCUUAAAUGAUCUCUUGGAUUCCUAAGUUGAUUACGGCUUAAAAAUACGCUUACCUUUGCACUUCUUAAGAUAAGUUAUUCUAUUUGGCUGGAUCGAAAAAAGAAAAAAAUUUGCUUUUUUUACCAUUAAACUUUUUUUUAUUAUAUCAAUUAAUUAACUUAAAAAUUAAUAGAACUUAGACAGAUGAUUAGAUAAAUUGUAAUAUAGAUUUAAUUCUCCAGACUUUAAGGUAAUCUUAAAAGUCCCGAGUUAUAUUAUUCUGCCAGUAAUUGUACAGAUAUUUAGAUCUUAGGGAUUUUUUUACUAUGAAAUGCAUGAAUAUAAAAAGAGAAAAUAAUAUAAAUUAAUGAAAUUGAGAUGCUUACAAACAUCUGUCUGUAUUUUAAUUUUCGAAUGAAUAAAUAUCAUUUUAAUAAGAUGAUGAAUUAGUUUGUUGAUCAUCAAAUGCCAAGAUGAAUAUUUACUGUGGUGCAAUUUUUCUCAGGAAUGGAGCCAAAAGAUUUAUUAAUCUCAAUUUAGGCCUAAAAAAAAAAUAAAAAGUAAUAAAUGUUUCUUAAUCAACUCAAUAAUUAA